GCAUGCGCGAAAUUUAUAUCCUGUGAGAUUCUGAAAGUGAGGAUCUGACAAAUUGAUAAUUUUUACGCCGAUUAAGACUCAUUAAUAACCGAUCCUUUUCAAUUUAUACUUUCAAACACAAUUCCUAAAAAUUAUGUACAAAGUAUUGUAUUAAUUUGUCAGGAACCCCAGGAGUCCAUUGUUAAAAAAGGGUGUUGUUUUUGUCAACACCAUCGAUUAAAAUCACCUGUCAAAAGUGUCAUGAUGGUUGUAUCCGAAUAAACGAUGGCAGAUGCUCACAAUUUCAACUACGGCUGGCAAAAUACACCUCCCGGAGUAACAGGUCAACCGCAGAGCUCAGCAGGUUCAACAGGUUCCGCACCUCCUUUUCAAGGCAGCAUGAUUAAGAAUCCACAACCUGUGGCAAAUGGUCCUAAUGUGGGUCAGCCGCCGCAGAUGUUCCAACCACCACCACCAGGUGUAAAUGGCAUGCCAACAGCAUCAGCACUAAACCAGUUCCCUCAACGACCUCCAGGGCCAGGAAUUGGAUUUUUUAAUGGCACAAAUGCUCCUCCGUCUGGACAGCUUAACCCACCACCACGGGCAGGGAUGCCAGGAAUUCAGGGACUGCCCCAGUUUCGACCCACUGUACCUUUGCAACAGAGACCACCACCUCCUGCAAGCCAGUCUGGCCCCAUGGGAUCUCCUAGUUUGGGGCCCCGCCCACCAGUGCCGUCAGCCUUUCAGCCCCCCGUGGGAUCAUUUUCUCAACCUGUGUCUCGGCCUCAAGAGCUCCCAGACAGACCCAAUGAAUUGCCUGUACCAUUUCAUGGUCAUGGCCAGUAUAGCCACCAGAUUGGCAUGACCCUAACACCUGGAUUAACACCCUCCAACUCAGGUCAGCAGUUUUGAGAAAGUCCAUAUGCUUUGUGCUGUUUUCUGUAGUGGUGCUUCUCUACUAUAUGUUAGGGAAAGAUCUAGGAUCACAAAAGGUGCCCUGCACUGUACAAUAGGGGCAUGGUGU